AUGCAAUCUACACUACCGCUAGCGUCUACAGUGUCGCUUCCGGAACAUACAGGAGUGUUGCUGCCUGGAGGCUACGUCAUCGUGGACCCGCGCAGCGCUGAGGUGGCACAGAUUGCGGAAUUCGUGGUCGCGGACAUGAAUGCUAAGAUGGACGCGGAUGUGCAUUUAGAAAUCGUCAACGCAGCGGAAAAGCACGCCUCUAGCGGUCACAGCUCCUCGGGUUACAACUCUCAAAGUUUCAGCUACGACGUGGUUUUCACCGCUACAACCACCACCCACGCCACCCACGCGCACUCCCCAAGCCGGAAAGCGAGCGUCGCGGAGCGGUGGUCGAAAAUGGUUACCAGCCAGUACGAAGCCGUGGUGCUGAAGUCGCUACAAGGGUCGCUAGCGAGUGAGGAGAAUGAAGAGGAGGAGAGUGAGGGGGAGGAGAGUGAGAGGGAGGAGAUUGAAGCGGAGGAGAGUGAGGAGACAGAGGGGAACGGCGACCAGCGCCCCUCCUGUCGGGCUUGUCCGUGCCUGUCGCACCCGCGCGGCAUCCUCUCGCCACCCCGCGCGCACUCUUCUCGCCUCCCCGCGCGUGCUCCUCUUGCCUCCCCGCGCGGCCUCCUCUCACCAUCCCGCGCGUGCUUCUCUCGCCUCCCCUCGCGUGCUCCUCUCACCUUCAUAGCGCGCGAAUCUCUUGCCUCCCCGCACGGCCUCCUCUCACCUCGUCGCGCGUCCUCCUCUCGCCUGCCCCACGCGUGCUUCUCUCGCCUCCCUGCGCGUGCUCCUCUCGCCUCCCCUCGCGUGCUCCUCGACCCCCCCCCCCCCCGCGCGCGCGCGGCUCUUGCCUCCCCGCGCAUCCUCCUCUCGCCUCACCUUGCGUGCUCCACUCGCCUCCCCGCGUGUGCUCCUCUCUCCUCAUCUUUCGGCGUGACCGCGCCACCGCGCGCAUGCGUCUCUCUCCAUGCCUUGCGUAAUCUAUCGCCUCCCCGCGCGUGCUCUUCUCUCCUCACGUUGCUUGCUUCUCUCGCCUUCCCAUGCAUGCUCCUCUCUCCUCACCCUACGUGCUCCUCUCGCCUCCCCGCGCGUGCUCCUCUCUCCUCACCUUGCGUGCUCCUCUCGCCUCCCUGCGCGUGCUCCUCGCCCUCUCCCCCUAUCCAUCCUGAAACGUCGUCGUGCCUCAUUGCGUCGCUUGCGUUCACCACUCCGCGACCACCCACUUUCGACGUAUGCGUGUCCCCACCACUCCCCACUAUCCUGACAAGGGCCCCGACGUUUCCUCACUCGGGAAGCCCGUCCACACGCCCACGUUUCUCCUCCCUGCGCGCCCUCCUUUCUCGUAAGCCCGCGCGCCAUCCUCUCGCCUCCCGCGUGCGCUCUUCUCGCCUCCUGCGCGGCAUCCUAUCGCCGCCCCGCGCGCACUCCUCUUGCCUCCCCGCGCGUCCUCCAUUCACCUUGCGUGCUCCUCUCUCCUCACCUUGCGAAGCUCCUCUCUCCUCACCUUGCGUGCUCCUCUCGCCUCACCUUGCGCGCUCCUCUCUCCUCCCCUUGCGUCCUCCUCUAUCCUCACCUUGCGUGCUCCUCACUCCUCACCUUGCGUGCUCUUCUCUCCUCACCUUGCGUCCUCCUCUCUCCUCACCUUGCGUCCUCCUCUCUCCUCACUUUGCGUGCUCCUCUCUCCUCACCUUGCGUGCUCCUCACUUCUCACCUUGCGUCCUCCUCUAUCCUCACCUUGCGUGCUCCUCACACCUCACCUUGCGUGCUCUUCUCUCCUCACCUUGCGUCCUCCUCUCUCCUCACCUUGCGACUGCCUCUCUCCUCACCUUGCGUGCUCCUCUCUCCUCACCUUGCGUGCUCCUCUCGCCUCCCCGUGCGUGCCCCUCUCUCCUCACCUUGCGUCCUCCUCUCUCCUCACCUUGCGUGCUCCUCUCUCCUCCCCUUGCGUGCUCCACUCUCCUCACCCUGCGUCCUACUCUCUUCUCACCUUGCGUCCUCCUCUAUCCUCACCUUGCGUGCUCCUCACUCCUCACCUUGCGUGCUCUUCUCUCCUCACCUUGCGUGCCCCUCUCUCCUCACCUUGCGUCCUCCUCUCUCCUCACCUUGCGUGCUCCUCUCUCCUCAACAUGCGUGCUCCUCUCUCCUCCCCUUGCGUGCUCCUCUCUCCUCAGCUUGCGUGCUCCUCUCUCCUCACCUUGCGUCCUCCUCUCUCCUCCCCGCGUGUGCCCCUCUCUCCUCACCUUGCGUCCUCCUCUCUCCUCACCUUGUGUGCUCCUCUCUCCUCACCAUGCGUGUUCCUCUCUCCUCACCUUGCGUGCUCCUCUCUCCUCACCUCCUGUGCUCCACUCUGACAGGGUGCUCCUCUCUCCUCACCUCCCGUGCUCCACUCUGACAGGGCAGGGUGCUCCUCUCUCCUCACCUCCCGUGCUCCACUCUGACAGGGCAGGGUGCUCCUCUCUCCUCACCUCCUGGCAGGGUGCUCCUCUCUCCUCACCUCCCUUGCUCCAUUCUGACAGGUGGGGUGCUCCUCUCUCCUCACCUCCCGUGCUCCACUCUGACAGGUGGGGUGCUCCUCUCUCCUCACCUCCCGUGCUCCACUCUGACAGGUGGGGUGCUCCUCUCUCCUCACCUCCCGUGCUCCACUCUGACAGGUGGGGUGCUCCUCUCUCCACACCUCCCGUGCUCCACUCUGACAGGUGGGGUGCUUCCGGACCUGUUGUUUAG